UUGCCAUGCACCGGGAGGAGCAACGAGAUCAGAGAAGAGACAGCUAAAUAUCUCGGUUGCUCUGUGGCAAGCGAACGAAAGAUCAAUAUUUAACCCACAAUUUGUCGCUUUGGUUGAACUGCAAACCCCAAACCCCAAACCUGCUUUAAAUAAGACGUGAUUUCCUGAUAAACAUUAAGUGAGAUUGGGAAGUACGCGGCCACGGAAGCCAAAUUGUAUGUGUGAAGUGCUAGCUGUUAGCUGACAGGCUACAAAGCUUUAGCCAUUGAUUCAAUGGCGUUGAAACGAAUUCAGAAGGAGCUGUCUGACCUGCAGAGGGACCCGCCUGCACAAUGCUCCGCUGGACCAGUUGGAGAGGAUUUAUUUCAUUGGCAGGCAACAAUAAUGGGUCCCAGUGACAGUCCAUAUCAAAGCGGAGUGUUUUUCCUCACCAUUCACUUCCCAACAGAUUACCCCUUCAAACCACCCAAAGUUGCAUUCACAACUAAAAUUUACCAUCCCAAUAUCAACAGCAAUGGAAGUAUUUGUCUGGAUAUACUGAGAUCACAAUGGUCACCUGCACUUACAGUUUCAAAAGUAUUAUUGUCUAUCUGCUCUCUUCUCUGUGAUCCAAACCCUGACGACCCACUGGUGCCAGAGAUCGCCCAUACAUACAAGGCUGACAGGGAAAAGUACAACAAAUCAGCGAGAGAAUGGACACAUAAGUACGCAAUGUGAGAAGGCCAGGGAGAUCAAAAUACAAAUGAGAACAAAAUAAACACGUUUGAUUUGUAACUUGAGGCAAAUGAGCGACAGAGGGGGAAAAAAACUAAACUAGACAACAUCUUUUGGAGGAGGAAGCGAUACAAUGAGGUACAGUGCCACCUGGCUUUCCAUGUGCUGAGCUGCUACCAUGUGCUGUCCUUCAUGACUUGUAUGGAUCUGCUGAGCAGGACCUGACAGGCUCCUUAAAGCACUCCCAUAUGGAAUACCGGAAAUACUCUUCACAGUCCAUACCGCCACACUCAGACUUUAAACUGUUACUCCUGCUUUUGUGAUUAUCACCUUCAUCUUUGCUAUUCAUUCGCAUCAUUUUCACCCUCAAUGAGUCAUAUCAUUAUGCUACUCGGAAAGCAAACGUUUAUUUCGGAGAUUGGCUCUCCCUUUAUUUCAGAGGUACUUGUCUAUGUCCCACUGGAUGUCUUGUUAUUACUGUGUUUCCGUGUAUUUAGUGGCCUUUCUGUGUUUUUAUUUUCGGUUUAUGUGCAAUUGAGGCAGAAUGUUCCCUGUUCAACACGAAGUGGUGCAGUGCCAUUACCAGCAGUCGAUCUGUUGGCACAUGCUGUCUCUACCCCCAAACAAUGUGAAAGGUGUAAAGAAGGAUCAGUCUCUUAUCACUCACUGCAUUUAAAUAGCGACAGUACUUAAGUGCGUUUGAGGACAUUGGAGAGCUGCUGUUAACAGCCAGCUGGCCCUUGCCUCACUUCAGUGGUGCUCCAUAGGGCAAAUGUCUACCUCCAUUUUUCUCACACAUGCUGUCAUUGCACUUAUAUUCCAUAUAAGUAACCACCCAUGGCUGGUGUCCAUAGUGCAGAAAAUACUACUGUUUGACUUAUUACUUGUUGUGUAGCUAUGAACAUGGCUACUCUUUGGCAUCUAGCUGAAUGUGUGCCACCACCUCAGUGCAGUUACUCAGGUAUCUAAUCAAAACAUCAGCCUUCACAUGCAGUGACCCAUGGUGAGAAAAAUGAGCAGGCUUCUUAAAAAUUGUACUGACAUUAGUUCAAUGUUUUGUUCACAAAAAAGGAAAACAUACACACUUCCUAAAGAGGCAACAUGAUCAAAGACAGAUCAGCACUCCUGAAGUUCUUCAUAGUGUGUACACACAAAUAAGCUGUCCUCGAAGUACUGUCAUUUAGUCACAGAGCGAUUUUUAUUUUAUCAUCUCUCAAGUUCUUUGCAUUACCAUCUCCAUUUAUUUUUGAAUAACACUCGGAUGUGAAGAGCUUUUACAUGCUACUGUUCUUCUAAAAUGAAAUGGCCUUUUGCUACAGCCUGUGUCACUCAUUCAAAAUGGGAACUCAAACAGACUUGACAUUUUCAAAACAUGGUAAUAUCGAGUCAUGUGAAUCGUGUUACUUGAGGGGAAUUAAUACAGUUGCCAUGAGAAUUUCAUCUGCUUUACAUAUCAAGUGAUGUGAAGUUUGUCAUCAUUUCUUUAUGUUCAUAUUCGGGUCUGCAAAGGUUUGUUUUGGGAUUAAUCAUCCACACUGACAGUAAAACAGUUUGUCUCUGUGAUACAUUUGUGACCUCUUUUAUUGUAUUGAAAGCUUUAGUGAAAGGCAUUUUAUUUUUCAUUCAUGUCACCAGAAUUUAACAAGAUCGUGAUGUGUCAUUAUGUAAUAUUGGUUUAAAUAUAAUCCAUUGUAACUGUUGGAUAAAGUAGUAAAGAAAUGCUAUGAUAUUUUUCUUUCUUUUCAACAUGGCUCAUAAUGUGCUGAUGCUGCCAACAUAAAGGGAAUUAUUUGACAUAACGGGGAAUAAAUUUAGCUUUUUAGGCAUUAUCGAGUGUGUUUAUCCAGAAAGGCCAAUACUAAAGCAUGGACAUUUGAAAGGCUUUGAUUGUAGAAUUACCCCAUGGUUUAGGCGCCAAAUAUAGAUUUUCAUGAAUGUUUGCUGAUGUUGAGAAAAUGGUCAAAACAAGUUGUCCUUAAAUACAGUAAACACUAAUAUGUUUUGAAAACCCUCUGAUGCAGUGAUAGUCUUUUGCUGUCAGUCCACAAUUGAAAAUGACUUGAUUAUAGUACUACUUUGUCUGUGUUGUUUGUUCAUUUGGCUAUUUAUUUAUUUGAAAGCAGAGUAUCUUCCAACUUUAUGAUUGAAUGCAGCUUCAAUUCAUCCUGUGAGUGGCGUGACAUUAACUCCUUCUGUCCAGUGUGCUCAAUAGAGUUUAUAUAGGCAGCUUGGCAUGCUUUGCACUCUGGAGAACCUUCUCACAGCCAUUUGCCAGAUAUCAGGGAUUUCGUUACGAUUCAUCUGCCUAACACCUCUGACUAAAAUUUUAGCCUUAACACUCAUUUUGUAGAUAUAUAGAGAGAACAUUGUCAUAAUCUGUACAUUUGCUAUCAGGGCUCUUUUCCCCCAAAUGGGCGAUGCGGUUCAUCAGUAGACAUGGAAACUUGCUUGAACACUACCAAUGUUUUUGUUUUUGAAAUUUCAUCCUGGCUUUUUCUGAAUGCAGGACCAGUCUUCAUGCAUCUUAAAAUUUGGAAUAUGUGUGCUUGAAAUGCCACCAUGAUUGUCCACUUGCCCUCACAUAGCCUACACAAGAUAACUAUUGAUCUUGUCAUAACAUAUGAAUAAAGCUCAUCUUGGUUUACCGUU